AUGCUACAGCAACGCCAUCACCCUUUCCAAAUUUCAUUUUGGUCACCUACAGCUUCAACCGAUCCCACACCCAAUUUCCACAUUGGUUUUGACAUGCUUCACCGAAAGUUGAACCAGUCCAUUGCCGAGAACAGAGUGAUCGUUGAGUACGUCCAACAACGCAUCGCAGCAGAGAGAGCUCAUGCCACGACUCUUUCUUCGGUCUUGUCUACUACUACCCUAUCUACAACUAGCAACCCAUUUGAAUUUGAUAUUGGCUUUGGUUUGAAGAAAUGCUUCGAAACCAUUUGUUCAGAAAGCAAAGUAUCCGCUAAACUACAUCUCGAAAGAGCAGACAAGAUCAAUACAAAUGUUGUCCGACCUUUGCAACGGUUCGCUUCAAGGUAUGAGCAUAUCAUCGAAGAAACAAGGACAGAUAUGGAAUAUAAAAUCACUCAAUUCGAUGCAGCAUGUCAAGAUAUGCAGCAGACGAAAACUGAGUACGUGGACAAAUGUCAGGCGAUUAUGAAAGCUUAUCCUGAUUUUGUUCCUGAAAAAACACUGAUCAAGCUGGGUUCUUCCUUGUCGUUUCUCACACGCGAACAGGCAUGGCAAUGGUUUGAAUGUAUUUUUAACAAAAAACAAGUGUAUGAGUCAAAAAAAGAGAUCAGACAAUUGUUAAAGCAACAUUACUUAUCGGAUUACGAGACUAUCAUUCAAAAGCUCCUCGCUUUGAAGUUUCUGCGACAAGAAAACGGAGUGCUUGUGAGAGAGUCAACGUUAUUGGACGACGAUGAAUUAAGUGUGAAUUAUCAACAAAACCCGAAAAGCAAUUCAGGUUUUUUCAAUAUCUGGGGAAGUGCACAACAACGAAGGAAAGAGGAAAUAAUUAAGGAAAUGCUAGCGACAGAUAAGGCAUACCAUACAGCUGUUGUUAAAGUGGAGAGAAUGCGUAUAGAUAUGGAGGAGCUUCUGUACCAGCAUUUUGAAGAGAUGGAAAGUCUGGAACUGGAAAGAAUUCAAACCGUUAAAGAAGCAUUCCUUAGCAUGAUGACUACUUUUGCCGAUACAAUAUCGAAAGCCAAAGAAUUCAAUGACGACAUGAUGCUCUAUCAGGAAACAUUAAAGGCAGACAAAGAUGUACAGUUUAUUGUCGAGCAAUAUUCAACAGGCCAAUUUUGUCCUAAACCGAUAUUAUACCACAAUUUUUUUGAUGGGAUUACUUUGACAGAUCAACUGUUUGGUGUACCUUUAGAACAAGUAACGCUUAAUGAGAAUACACAGGUACCACAAUUUAUAAUCAAAAGCUUAAAUGCUAUUGAAUUAGCUUUGUUAAAGCUGUAUGACGAAGAGAAAAGAGUGGUAUGGACCGCCAGUUUACCAUUGGAGAGAGUGCAUGCUGCUAGAGAAGAGUUAAACUCAAUUGUUGCUGUACAAGACGAUGAUGCGUUUGUAAAAUUGGAUGUUUUACUGCUCGCUUCAUUGGUUAGGCUCUACUUGCUAGAGCUGCCAGAAUGCCUUUUUACAUUCGAGCUUUACGAACCUUGCAAGUUAAUUUAUGCCAACUAUGGCCAAGAUGAAAGUAGCCGACUGUCAUCUAUCAGUAGACUGCUCACGACGCUACCGUCAGCAAAUUAUUAUACCAUCAAAGCACUUUUCUCACAUUUCAACAAACUUCUAAAUCCAGUCGGUAAUACAGCAACAAAAGAUGACACACAAUUAAUCAUAUCAAUAUCGAGAAUAUUCAGCUAUAUACUUAUGCGACCUCAAACAGAAUCGAACGUGAGUCUUCAUGAACGACAUCCUCAAAAACUAUUAGAAGACUUGAUUAAACAUUUUGAUGCUAUCUUCACCGAAGAAUCGAACCAGGCGCAUGAGAAGAAUUCAACAAGGCCUUCUAUCAUAAUACCCAGCUCCAAUUGCAAAAAGAUACCAUCCUCUUCUGCAACAAGUGAAACCUCGUUAUUAAGAUCGUCUGCAUCUUUACUUUCUUCGCUCAUAACUUCUUCAUCAGUAUCAUUGCCAAUCGCAGACAAUCAUAAACACCAGCCUGCAGGGAUGGUUGUGAUUCCCAAGCCUUCGUUAAGUACUUUAUUUGAAGACCCUGAUGACUUUGCCAGUAAAAGAAACUCUACGUCCGGCACCUCUUCAGUUUCCACUACUACUACAAACACUUUGAUGACCCUUAAGUCACCUUCUUCCAUUAACACCGAUCCUCAACGACAGCCACACGGCAAGGAACCAUUAAAUGAUGCUCAAUCCUUAACGGAAUUAGCAAGCGUGGACUCCUUUUUUUUUGACGAUGAAGACUAA